AAAAUAAUUAUCACCAAGUAAGAAAGUCCAUCUCUUUCUCUCCCUCUGUUUGCUAUUAAACCCCACUAUCACCAUCCCUAAGCUGUAAGCAACCAUCAAAUCAAGUCGCUCUCUUUCAUUCUCCGAUGGAGCACUAGCCUCGCCUCAGAUCCGCCUCGCAUUGUCUGAUCGAACAAGGUCGUGUAGAUUAUUGUGGUUGGGUUAAAGAUGGCGUUAGGGAAGUAUAGUAGAGUUGAUAAUAGGAGGUCGGCGUCGAGUUACUGCUCGACGGUGACCAUUGUGGUGUUUGUGGCAUUGUGCUUGGUGGGGGUUUGGAUGAUGACGUCAUCGUCGGUGGUGCCGGUUCAGAAUGUAGAUGUAGGUCAGGAGAACAAGAGUGAGGUGAAGGAGCAAGUGAUUGAGACCAAUGAGGGGAAUAACAACAGGCAGUUUGAAGAUAACCCGGGGGAUUUACCGGAGGAUGCGACGAAAGGAGAUAACAAUGAGGGUGCUGCUCAGGUGGAAGAGAAGCCCGAGGUGAAAACUGAAGAGAAGGUUGAGGAGAAAACUGAAGAGAAGGUUGAGGAGAAAACUGAAGAUGGGUCGAAAACUGAAACGGAGGAUGGAGGAAGCAAGACAGAGGAGGGAGAGUCUAAGGUGGAAAAUGAUGAAUCGAAUUCAGAAGAUGGAGAGAAGAAAAGUGAUGGUGACGAUGAGAAAAAGAAUGAUUCGGGUGAGGGUGACAAUGAAAAGAAAUCGGAUGACGACAAUGAGAAGAAAACGGAGAAUUCUGAUGAAACAAAGGAUGCAGAGAAGGAGAAUAUUCAGAUUGACGAGAAAGUGGAAAAAACUGAUAAGGAGCAAGAUAGUGAGAAAUCGGAUAAUGGGCAGACUGUAAACCAGACUUCAAAUGAGGUAUUUCCUUCUGUUGCUCAGUCAGAGCUUUUGAAUGAGACUGCAACCCAAAAUGGGUCAUGGUCAACUCAGUCGACAGAGUCAAAGAAUGAGAAGGAGGCUCAACGUUCUUCUGACCAGCAAAUUGAUUACAAUUGGAAACUUUGUAAUUCAACUGCUGGGCCUGAUUUCAUCCCAUGCCUUGACAAUUUGCAAGCCAUUAGGAGUCUUCACAGUACCAAGCAUUAUGAACAUCGGGAGAGGCACUGUCCGGAGGAGCCUCCCACCUGCCUCCUUCCUCUUCCAGAAGGAUAUAAACGCCCAAUUGAGUGGCCAAUGAGCAGGGAAAAGAUAUGGUACUAUAAUGUCCCCCAUACCAAACUUGCUCAAGUUAAGGGGCACCAGAACUGGGUCAAAGUCACUGGCGAAUACCUUACUUUCCCUGGUGGUGGAACACAAUUCAAGCAUGGUGCUCUUCAUUAUAUAGAUUGGCUACAAGAGUCUGUUUCUGAUAUUGCCUGGGGAAAACGAUCUCGUGUCAUAUUAGAUGUUGGAUGUGGGGUUGCAAGCUUUGGAGGAUAUCAAUUUGACAGAGAUGUCCUAGCAAUGUCCUUUGCCCCAAAAGAUGAGCAUGAAGCUCAAGUGCAGUUUGCACUUGAAAGAGGAAUUCCUGCUAUAUCUGCUGUGAUGGGCACACAGAGACUUCCCUAUCCUAGCAAAGUUUUUGAUGUUGUCCACUGUGCCCGCUGCAGGGUUCCCUGGCAUAUAGAAGGUGGUAAGCUUCUAUUAGAGCUGAAUCGUGUGUUGAGACCUGGUGGUUUCUUUGUGUGGUCUGCUACCCCAGUAUAUCAGAAGAAACGUGAAGACGUUGAAAUAUGGGAAGCCAUGAAGGAACUAACAAAGAAGAUAUGUUGGGAACUUGUCUCAAUUAAUAAGGAUACAAUAAAUGCAGUUGGUGCAGCUAUAUACAGAAAACCUACCACCAAUGAAUGUUACGAGCAAAGAUCACAAAAUGAGCCUCCUAUCUGUGACAAGUCUGAUGAUCCGAAUGCAGCAUGGAAAGUACCAUUACAAGCAUGCUUGCACAAAGUUCCUGUAGAUGCGUCAGAGCGUGGGUCUCAGUGGCCUGAGCAAUGGCCAGCGAGGUUGGACAAGGUACCUUACUGGUUGUUAAGUUCGCAGACUGGAGCUUACGGAAAACCAGCGCCUGAGGAUUUCGCUGCAGACUAUGAGCACUGGAAACGCGUGGUGAACAAGUCUUAUUUAACUGGAAUGGGCAUUAACUGGUCAUCUAUUAGGAAUGUCAUGGACAUGAGAUCUGUAUAUGGAGGAUUUGCUGCGGCUCUGAAAGAUUUGAAAGUUUGGGUCAUGAAUAUAGUCACAAUAGACUCUCCAGAUACCCUGCCCAUAAUUUAUGAGCGAGGUCUAUUUGGCAUGUAUCAUGAUUGGUGUGAAUCAUUUAGCACCUAUCCCAGGUCUUAUGAUCUUCUCCACGCAGACCAUCUGUUUUCCCUGCUCAAAAAGAGGUGCAAUUUAGUUGCGGUAGUUGCAGAGGUUGAUCGAAUCCUUCGACCAGAGGGAAAACUUAUAGUUCGGGACAAUGUUGAGACUAUUAAUGAGCUGGAGAGCAUGUUGAAGUCUAUGCAGUGGGAGGUUCGCAUGACCUAUUCCAAGGACAAGGAGGGAUUGCUUUGUGUGCAGAAGUCCAUGUGGCGGCCUAAAGAGUCUGAGACAGUCAAGUACGCCAUUGCUUAAGCAUGCUCUGAGCUGGCUGGCAUCUCCAAGGGGAUUACACAUUUUUUGUUUUGGUUGAUAAUUCAAAUUCGUGGCAAUUGUACUUUAUAUUAGCCUUAUGUAUCAUUUAGUUAGGGUCUUGCAGUGUUUAUUAAUUUUUUUGUAUCAAUUUGGUUUAACCUCAUCAUCUAAAGGUUGAUGUUGGUGUAUCCCACUGUAAUAUUACAUCGCUAGUUGUCUUUUAAACAAACAAAUUCUUGCUAUUGCAAAACCUAUCGUUUAAAGUUUUGAGGAGUGGGAUUCUCUCAUUGUGAAA